CUUGGUUAUUUUGCUGGGCAUAAACGACCACAUUCGAAUACUCUUUCCCUCCCUCAUACUCUUCGGCUCCACGUACUCUUCGCGCUUACCCUUCCCUUUUUCAUAACAACACCACCAUUACCAGAUAUCUCAACACGACCACAAUGAAGUUUUCGCUUACUCUUGCCUCCCUUGCCAUCUCUGCCGCAGCUGCCAACCAGUUUUCCGGUCUUUCGUACAACCCGAAACAGCUCACCAACGGAGACUGCCCGACUGUCGAUACUGUCAAGGAUGAUCUGAAGGUGCUGAGCAAGUACACCGACCAGGUGCGCAUCUACAGUGUCCACGACUGCAACCAGGGCGAGCCAGUGCUGCGCGCUAUGGAGAACACAGACUGGAAGGUUCAGCUCGGCCUGUGGGUCAACAAGAACGACACUGUCUAUGAGACCGAUAAGAACGAGCUCCUGCGUCUGGCUGGUGUGUUCGACUUCAAGAAGCAUGUUACAGCUGUCAUUGUUGGUAACGAGGCUGUCUACCGCAAGGAACAGACCUCGGCACAGAUUGCUGACAAGGUCCACGAUACCAAGGCUGCGCUGACCAAGAUUGGUCUGGGCAGCAUCCCUGUCACGUCGUCAGAGACCUGGCCAUUUUAUGACAAGACGCUAGUUGACGCUGUCGACUACGUCAACGUGCACGCCUUCCCGUUCUGGGAGGGCACCGACAUUGACGGCGCCCAGGACAAGGUGUUUAAGCACAUUUAUGACAUCCAGGCGAUCGCCGGUAAGAAGAAGGUUGUUGUUGGCGAGACUGGCUGGCCCGAUAACGGUGGCAACUACGAUGCCGCGGUUCCGUCGCUCAAGAACGAGCAGCGGUACAUGCGCGAGUUCAUCUGCCGCGCCAACCUGGAGAAGAUCGACUACAUCUGGUUCAGCGCCUUCGACGAGGCAUGGAAGCCUGUGACAAACGCCAGCGACGUCGAGACCCACUGGGGUAUCCUCAAGGGUGACAAGACUCCCAAGUUCAACUCGCCAAUGUACGACUGCAAGGGCUUCGUGCCAAACCCGAAGGAGGACGCCGAGGAGAGUGCUUCCGCUUCUGGCAGCCGCCACGCCUCGGUCUCUGGCGAAGAGAGUGAUCUCGAGUCUGACGAGGCCGGCUACGACAGCAAGUCUGGCGGACACUCCUCUAAGGCAGUUUCUAAGGCAGUUUCCAAGGGCUCGUCGUCAGCCGCUGGUUCUUCCAGCACUAACGGUGCCUGGUCGCUGACCUCAGGCUACUCGACCGCUGGUGUUCUUGCCUCAGCUGUUGCUCUGGCAGCCUCCGCCUUCUUCUAGAUAUACACGCCCCACGCUCUUUAGAUAGCCUGGUCGCUAGUAGAACCUGUUUUAUGAUUCUCGAUAUUAAAAGCGCUUCUCAACCAUACAAAUGGGC